CAAACAGAGAGCCAGCUGCAGAGCUGCCAAGUAGCUAAGGAAAGGCUGAAAUGCACAAGUGCCAGGGGGAUCUGUAGAAAAAGAUUGUAUUCUUGCUCUGAAGAUCCAGUGGAAGAAGAGGCAGCUGCUGUUCCUCUGGGGAAUCCCGUGGAGAAAGCUGUGCUGGUGUCUCAAAAAACGUCUGGAUCAUAUCGGGGUAGCAAUAACCACCAGACUAAAGAAGAAAAAUACAGGAAAGCCUUGCCAGAAUCAAGGAGCAUGUCACAAAAUAUAAGUAACCAGCCUUUGCAGCUUAAACCAGAGCUGCCAAAGGCAAGUGGCAUGCAUGCUUGGCCUGUUCCAAGGAGUCCUGCAACUACCGAUGAGCGCAGGAAACAGCUGGAGGAGUGGUUGGCAGCCAAAGGCAGGAUAUACAAGCGGCCGCCGAUGAGGUUGCUUAUGAAGCAGGCGGUCAUACCAUCCUGCAGAAAGGUCAAGCCAACCGAGAAAAAAGACAAUCCAGAGCAGCACUUCCGAGCCAAGGCAAACAACGUAUUAGCUGAUUGCCUGAAGCUCAUUGAGGAGGGUGUCCAUGCUGAGGACAUCUCAACAGUGCUGUCCCUUGUGCCCCAGGCAGAGAAAUUUGCCAAAUUUUGGAUCUGCCAAGCAAAGCUGCUGGCCCGGAGUGGCCCCUUUGAUGUGUUGCAGCUGUACAGAGAAGCAGUCAGUGCUGGGGCUGAGGUGAGUGUUCCCUGCCUCUGCUCUGGAAGGCUUCCACAAGAUCCAGGGGCCGGGUUUUGGAAUGAGUUUAGCAGCAUUAGUCACUGUCUUAUUCUGCUCCUUGUGAAGGUUGGGCUUGAUGGACUUAAGUGGACACCACCUGAUUUUGCCGUCCGUUUUGACAGCUGCAAAUAUAACAACAACACUUUUCCAUUUGUGCUAGGAGCAAAGGAAGAAGAAGCCACUCCUCGGGAGCCUACAACACCUUGUCCCGCUGAGAGGCAUCCUAUAGCGUCAACUCCAGGCCUGGUGGGGAGGCACAUGACCUCCCUCCCCCCCUCAGUCAAACUACAGGUGACGUCAGCAUCCAGAGGAAGGGAAUUCCGGGAACGCCCAGAAUUUAAAUUCCUAACCCCUGUGCGGCGUUCCCUGCGGAUUGAGUGGGCUCGGAGUCGCUAUCCAGAGAUGCUACACGACCGUGACCCUGUGGUGUCAUCUCUCAGUGAAAUCCUGGCUGCUGAGGAGGAGACUCUCUUCUUCUUCCGGAAAAACAAGGCUUUGCCGGAAGUUACAGAGUUGGAGGGCUUGAGUUCAUAUCCACCCAAGAGCCCCCGAGGGUUGGGCAUGAAAUAACCAUAGAAAUUUUGUUUUAAAAUUAUAAUAACGAUAUACAUUUUGUUUUAUAAAUGUGUUAAAAUAAGAAAUGUUUUA